UCGCUUUGCCCAGUUCGGUCCCUCCUCCUGCGCCGAGUGUAGUAGCAUCUUCGUGUUCUAAGAGAAAUGACAGGACGGUGAGGAGAAUUCGUUCUCGUGUUUCAUAUUGUCCCAAAGGAUUCUCGCAGAGGCUGGAUUCCUCGCGACAGGAUGUUGCUCCUAUUAUGGAUUUCCGUGACCUCCGUUCUUGGGCAGAACACCGAACUCUACUUUUCCGUCAGUCCCGGGGAUCAUACGGUGCCAGAGGGAUCGGCGGUUCGUCUGCGCUGCGAGGCCCAAUCCGACUCGCCAGUGAGUUACACGUGGAAGAUCGACGGGCAACCCCUGGCACCGAGUCCACGACGUCAUCAGGUCGACGGCGAUCUCCUGAUCACGCGUGCCAAUCGCAUACUGGACAGCGGGAACUUCGUUUGCGUCGCGGACCAACCGGAAACCGGAUACUCCAUCGAGAGCUCACCAGCGAAGAUCGACGUGCAAUGGAUCAGCGAGGCCAGGGUACAGCUGCAAUUGCCAAAAAGUCCGUCGCACGUCCGAUCGGGCGCCGAGGUCGAACUUCGCUGUCACGUUGACGGCUCUGGCGAAAUGCGUUACGAGUGGUUCAAGAACAAGGAGAGCGUCACCAAGAGCGACAGGGUCGAGGUGAAGAAAAAGAAGCUGUACAUUCACAGGGCGACUCCGGAAGACAAUGGGGUCUACAGUUGCCUAGCGAGAAACGAGGCAGGAUCUUCGUCGAUUGCCGAGAGUUUUCCGCUGAUUAUAUCCGGUAACGAGACUGCCCUUAUCAAGGUCAUUCCUCAAAACGUUAUCGCGAAACGCGGCGAGCCAGCCAUCUUUCACUGCGAAUACGAGGACGCCGAUGCUGUCCAGUGGUUCUUCAAGGACAUAGGACCCCUGGAAUCCGACGAAGAGAGGAUCAUCUUCGACAAUGGGACCCUGGUCCUUCAGGCUGCCGAACACAGGGACCAGGGAUUCUACUCUUGUCACGGAUUGCGCGGCGAUACUGUGCAGAUUUAUUCGGCUGAACUGCAAAUUGCUUAUUUACGGAACCUGAGCGUGGCUUCCUUCGAACCGGCUCUGUCGAAUCAGAUAGCCAUUGUCGGUGAGGAUCAGGAACUUCAGGUGAGCUGUUUAGAACCCUCGGGACUUCCUGCACCUAAGGUAUACUGGAGGGAUCCUGCCGGACACAUAAUAAGCGAUUCGGGUCCGGUCAGAGUUCAGGAUAACACUCUGAUAAUAGCCAACGCUAGGAUCGGCGAGGACGAUGGAAAUUACACGUGUAUUGCUGAAAAUUUAGCCGGGGAAACUGAGAUGGGUGUACAGGUUAUAAUAUCGACUGCUCCGAGUCUGUUGUCUUCGCCGGAAUCCAUGGCCAUUAUGGAAGGUGAGCUUGUGUCAAUGACUUGCUCGUAUUCCGGAAUGGAUGCGCCUGUAACGCACGUCAGGUGGUUAAAGGACGGGGAACCGCUGAAGGAAACCGGCGGUCCCACCAGACACCGCAUAAACGAUCUUCAUGGAAAUGUAACGUUGCAUUUCAAGAGUGCCGAUCUUGCCGAUAAAGGCUCCUACAUGUGCGAGAUAGAGACUAAAGGAUUUCCACCGAUACUUUCCGAUCCUGCUAUUCUGACUGUCAAGGAGAAACUUAAAUUCUCACCACCGCCUGUCAACAAGAAGCUUGAGCUUGGAUCCACUGUGAGAGUCUCUUGCAAGGCUCAGGGUUCUACGCAUCCUAUGGUCAAGUGGAUCAAGGAGGGUAGUGGGGAAGAGUUUCCAAAACAUGUUCAGGACAUCAAUGGGACGCUUCAUUUCAACGGGGUACUCGAGGAGGACAAGGGUCGUUACACUUGCAUUGCUUCCAAUUCCCAAGGAACUAUCAAUCAUACGAUCAGUAUCGAUGUAGUCAUUGCGCCUAAAUUCACGAUUAAACCUGAAGAUCCCACGGAAUCUAUAGAAGGAUAUCCUGUAAUGUUACACUGUGCUGCCGAGGGCGACCCCAAGCCGACGAUUCAGUGGGAUAAGGACUCCCGGAUGAAUAAUUUGAAUAGCCCGAGAUUCGAGGUUCUGCCGAAUGGCAGUCUCUAUAUAAAGGAAGUGUAUCUUGGCGACGAAGGAAAAUACGGCUGUACGGCUGGUAAUAGCGGAGGUCUCAAGAGAGAAGAGGUACAGCUGAAUGUUAAACUCGGUGACGGAUACAGAUCAGGUCAAGACUUGGAGAACGGGGAUGACGGUUCUAUGAUGACCAAGACCGUUAUCAUUACUCUGAGCGCUGCGGCAGCAUAUAAAGUCCUCGUGGUGGGUCUGAUGUUGUACUGUAGAUACCGUCGUCGUCGAAGGAAGCAGCAGUACCUGCAGGAACAAGCCGAAGAGAAGCUCGAGAACGGUGAGGUCCAGGAGGAGCAAACUGAGCUCAAGGAGACCAGCCAGAAGUCAAACUCUAGCAGGAAGAAAGAAAACAGAGACUCGCAUAAAAGCGACGGUGCGGAUACAGCUCAGAGUCAGAGCAGCAAUCAGUCCAAGAAGUCAAAGUCAAAUUACGACAAGAUAGCGGUAUCGCGUGCCAAUCUUAAGGAACUGAAACCUCUUGGUCGUGGAGAAUUUGGAGACGUGUACUCCUCGAAGUAUCAGGUCGAAGGUGAGAAGGAGGCCGUGGUGAUGGUCAAGAGCCUGACGAACACAAAAGACGAGAAUACUCUUCAGGAAUUUAAGCGACAUCUGGAUCUAUUUCAUAAGCUAGAUCAUGAGAACGUCGCAAAGCUCAUAGGCCUUUGCAGAGACGAGGAACCUAAUUACAUGAUCUUGGAGUAUACCGAUUGGGGUGAUCUAAAGCAAUUCCUCAUCGCCUCUAGGAAGGAUGGUAACUCCAGUCCGACUCACGGAUCAAAGCAAAGAGCGCCCCAGCUAUCAGUAGCUCAAAUUCUCUCGCUGUCCAAUCAGACUGCCAAGGGACUAAAGCACUUGGCUGACAACAGGAUGGUUCAUAAGGACAUAGCUGCCAGAAAUUGUCUGAUAGCCAGCAAUCUUACCAUUAAGGUAUCGCUACCGUGCAUGACAAAGGAACCUUAUCAGCAGGAGUAUACGAAGCAUCGCAAUCAGGUCAUACCCCUACGAUGGCUACCGUACGAGGCCGUCUACGAGGACGAAUAUUCCACCAAGAGCGACGUGUACUCGUUCUCCUGUUUGGUAUGGGAGAUCUUCUACCAGGGCGAACUACCGUUCAAUAAACUCAACGACGAUUCUGUACUAGCUCAGUUGAAGACCCAGAGCCUCGUUUGGAAAGCGCACAAGGCCGCACCGCCUGCACUCCAGGAACUUCAAGUUUCCUGCUGGGCCAAGGAUCCCAGGGAGAGACCCACCUUCGACGAGGUGGUCUCGAAAAUAGGUGAAAUCGUCGUGGACAGCUCUCUAUAGGAUUUCUAUCCAUGACAUUCUCCAUUCGAGUACUGAUGGCGCGCGACUAUUGCCCGAGGCUCCAUUGCUGAUUUCUCGCGAAAAUUCAACGACGGUACAAAACGCGAGCUCAUUAAAUCAUUUGGAUAAUUAUUUAAAAACAAGAUCCUGUAGCCUCUUUUAUAAUAUGUCGCGUUAAUAGUAUUUUGUCGCGUCCGUUAGAACUUUAAGGAUAUGAUAAUAUUUAUUUCCGAUAUAGAGAAUGACGAUUAAGACUCUUGGCUCCAGUCAAGAUAUGCGUGACUGUCGAGUUAAUUAAGUGAUAUAAAAUUAUUAGAGGUAUGGAAUGCGGUGAAUGAUGAUUCUAUGAGAAAAGAAAUAGAGAGAGAGAGAGAGAGAGAGAGAGAGAGAAAGUAAGAGAGUAAGAAAGUAUUAACGAGAAAGUAAUCUGCCGCGUACACGUGAACAUGAUACCGCAGGAUGAAGGCUAACCAGGAAGACAAACAAUUGAAGAAAAAACAUAAACGAUACGUAAUCGAGUGUAACGAACGGAAACAUUUGAAAUCGCGUCUAAGGGUUUCACAUGAUUUUUCAUUAAUAGAAAAGUGAUCGUGACCUCUUAGCACUAUCAGUGUGUUACAAUGCUAAUUAAGAAAGUAUCACAGCCAUAUCAAGUAUCAGAGAAAAGCUUAAUCUCCGUCUGUUUGAUUAACGUGAGCUCUAUGAGUGACGAUUCAAAGUUACAAUUAGACAUUUUUCGCUAUAACGUUUCGCUUUCGCUGAUAAAAAGCAGCUUUGUAAAUACCGAUAAGGAUUGUCAUGGUAGCACCCUUUAAGGUAGUAUUCGCGUUGUUCGCGGAGAUUCGUCCGUCUCUUCUGACCUGUUUGCCUUGAUUUUUGAUUUUACUUUCUUCGGCCGGAAUUUUCGUACCUGAGGAAAAAAAGCAUCGCCACCCUUGUAAUUGUUAUUAAAAAAUUCAUCUCGAGAAUAAUUGUACACGAGAAGUCCCGUGCUUCCAGCAGGUUUAUAUAAGGUAUUCUAAUGUGGGACAAAUUCGUGAUUAUUCUAACGAUAAGAUACAAAAAAGGAAAGCCAGCUUUUCCUUAUUGGGUGUGUGUACGAGAACAAAGGUUAAAUAGAAAAUUGCGUGUCAAAUGUGGAAAAAUUAAUAGGACAUAUUUUUACAUGCGAGUCCGUAGUGAAUAAGGUACUCGAUCAGCGUCAUGGUUGUCCGAUUUUGUGGCAUUUGAAUAUUUGAUCAAAGAACGAAAAAUUGAGGUAAACGAGCCUGCGCUAGAGUAACGUCUGAGGGACUCCAGAUGCGAGAUAAACGACUGAUUUAAUAAUCUAAAUUAUUUAACGAAAAUUAGUAUCACGUUAUUGCACUGACAGCUGAUAUUGUUAAAUUAAAUAUUAGCAGGAAACACGUGCUCGUGGAUCGGUGAUUGUUACAUGUAAUAUGUUUAAUCGCUAUAAAAUUGAACAGCGUUGACGCGCCCUUAAACGAGGUUAUACAACGAAUAUAGAAAUGUGUCCGACGUUAUUUAAUAUUAUUUUCCACUAGGUAAACGGGAAGUGAAAAUAUUCGUAUAUGUCCAUUCUCAUUGAGGGACUCGCCUAAUUACGAAACGAUAAUUAAUCGCAUGGCCUUACUAGAGGCUACUAAGUGUAUAUAACGGCUUAUAUCGCAGCCCAAGGCGCUUCUAAGUGCUUGUUGGCCGACAGAAAAUUUUCAAAGUGACACGAGGCUUCAUCCACAUUCAGUUUUUUUUUCCUCACUUUUUUCUAUUAUUAAACAACUGUAGGCGACGGGACACUUUGAAAAUUUUUACUGUAGAUUCCUGUGCUUCUGCACUGUAUGCAAUUUUAUGGCGGUCCAGAUGCGGUUUUUUUAAGUGCAUACGUCGAGGAGCGUGUGUUAGAAUUAUGACGUUUUUACGUGCGACGGAAAGAGAUACGUGACUCGUAACGUGGACAGAUCUAAGACAGGACUAGGAUCCGAGCACAAAGCCAGAUUAUUCCAAGGUACAAAAUGUAAGGAAGUAUUGAUAAACGAAAGACAGGUUGGAGGUUCGCAUUGUUGCGAUAAAAUUUUUGUACUGUUUCUUUUUUUUUUUCUUUUUUUUCUUACAAUUUUUUAUUAAACGGAUUUUACAACGUGCGUUUAAUUUCUAUGGAUAAGUCGUUUAUGCGAUCGAUUCAGACUAAAGCUGCUUGUUAUACGUAAGAGCUGCUAUAUGAACCUAUUCCAUACGUCGUAUUCAUAAGUAUUAAACUGUAUUUAUCGAAGUACUUACUGAAUAAUGACAUGGCUCACCAGAAUCAUAGUACACUAUACAAUACGGAAUAUAGAUAGAAAUAUCGAAGUAUAUAUAAUUAUUAGGAGUAACGAUAACGUAAGAAUACGAACACUGCCAAUCGCAAACAGUAUAUUGUGACAUUAAUAAUUUGCGAGACGUGAAAUCAUAAAAAUUGCUAAUCGAUACGCACCACA